AUGGUGCCAGACGCUAUAGACUGGAGGGAUAAGGGAUGCGUCACAAAUGUCAAAAACCAGGGCUCCUGUGGAUCCUGCUGGGCAUUUAGUGCUGUUGGUGCUUUGGAGGGGCAACUGAAACUGAAGACAGGAAAUCUGGUGUCCCUCAGUCCUCAGAACCUUGUUGAUUGUUCUACUAAAUAUGGAAACCAUGGCUGUAAUGGUGGUUUCAUGACUGAAGCUUUUCAAUAUGUGAUUGAUAACAACGGCAUUGAUUCUGAUGAUGCCUAUCCUUAUCAUGCCACAGAUGGACAGUGCAUCUAUAAUCCAUCUGGCAAGGCUGCCUCAUGCUCUAAGUACCAAGAAGUGACUGCCGGUGAGGAAAAUCUGAAACAAGCCCUUGGUACUGUUGGACCAAUAUCAGUAGCAAUUGAUGCAAAACAUGCUUCCUUUUACCUGUAUAAAAGUGGUGUCUAUGAUGAUUCAUCUUGCACUCAAGAGGUGAACCAUGGUGUUCUUGCUGUAGGGUAUGGAAACCUUGGCGGAAAGGACUUUUGGCUGAUAAAAAAUAGCUGGGGGGAAAGGUACGGAGAUCAAGGAUAUGUCCGAAUUGCAAGGAACAAGGGAAAUAUGUGUGGUGUGGCCAGCUAUGGGUCUUAUCCAGAAAUGUGA